AUUUGAAAUCACAGCGUGUGAGUGACAAUUGCUGCAUGGGUCAGUGACCCUUUUACAUGGUUUCAUGGGGACAGCUGAAAGCUAUAGCCCCCUGACAUGGUCACCCCAGGAAGUGACCUCAGCCGGUCCCCCGGAGCCCCAGAUUCCGUUGCCUCCUUGGUAAGAGGAAGGUGUCAAUGUGUAGAGCCAGAAGCUAAGAGGAGAGAAUGCUUGCUGAAGAGUUGCAUACGAAUGAAAAGUCGUAUUGUUUUGCGACUUGCUGCUGUGACCAGUCCGUCACUCAAACCCCGGUGCGCCCAGCUGGGUAAAUGCCAGCCUCAAGAGGUUUUCCUCUUGAAGGAAAUACUUGAUUUGUUCAGACAAGGUACAUGCUAGCAAUUAAAAUCCCAGUAUUUCCCAGCACACCCUUAAAGGCUAGACUAAUGGGAAAAGCGAAAAACUUCAGCUAUGGAGACCAAACCCUUAGCAGGGCUUGGCAGGCACUGGGGUUGCGCUGUUUGCUUCCCGAAGCUCUUGCCAUUUGUAAGAACAAAGUGCCCUGAUAACCUUCCAUGCGUGGGAUGGCAACCCAGCCUCUGUGUAUUCCCGUGGAUCCUGAGAUUUUAUGAAAUGUCGCUAUGGAGCUAUUUUGCCGUGACAAAUGUGACUUGCGCUAUUUCGUGUGACCUUUCCUUUUUCCAAAGGGGAUUGGUCUGAGGAGCCAGAGCUCAAAUCCUACCACUCUAGGAUUCUGUCGUUCAGCUUCGAUGUCAGAAUUCCCCACAGGACUAGGCAAUGCUGAUUGACAGCGAGAUGGGGAAUGUCUCACGUGCAUGCAGUGCUGGGGAAGAGGCUGGUUUGAGGUGGAAGGAGAGGAGCUCAGUGGUCACCCUGUCCCCUGAGGCUCCUGUUUUCCAAGUGCAAAUUGGACACGAAGGCAGCAGAGGGGUCAGGCUCUGGCCCUGGAGCUUGCAGGCGACUGGCAGCCCUGCUGUCCCCUUCCGGGUGACUCCAUGCUUCCCUUCUCUGCUGGAAGCCAGAAGGUUUAGUCACCUGGCACAUAAGGGCUUCUCAGGCUCAAUUCCAAUAAACCUGCAAGAAGAAGGCUCCCCAGCUCCAGCCACUGCGUGCCCCAGAAGGCCCGGGAGGGACACCCUGCAGACUCAGCAGCCAGCUCAGCCCUGCGUUACCUUAUCUCUCUGCAUGCACACCACAGCCUGCACCCUGACGAAAAACUGCAUAGAAAAUCUAAUGGAUGAAGAUGAGAAAGACAGAGCCAAGAGAGCUUCAAGAAACAAGUCAGAGAAGAAGCGUCGGGACCAAUUCAAUGUGCUCAUCAAAGAGCUCAGCUCCAUGCUGCCUGGGAGCACGCGCAAGAUGGACAAGACCACCGUGCUGGAGAAGGUCAUCGGCUUCCUGCAGAAACACAACGAAGUAUCGGCACAAACAGAAAUCUGUGACAUUCAGCACGACUGGAAGCCUUCGUUCCUUAGCAAUGAAGAAUUCACUCAGCUGAUGUUGGAGGCAUUGGAUGGCUUCAUCAUCGCGGUGACAACGGACGGCAGCAUCCUGUACGUCUCCGACAGCAUCACGCCUCUCCUGGGGCACCUGCCGUCGGAUGUCAUGGAUCAGAAUUUGUUAAAUUUCCUCCCGGAGCAAGAACAUUCGGAAGUUUAUAAAAUGCUUUCUUCUCACAUGCUCCUGACGGGGUCCCCCUCCCCGGAGUUCCUAAAAUCUGACAACGAUUUAGAGUUUUAUUGCCAUCUUCUCAGAGGCAGCUUGAACCCAAAGGAAUUUCCAACUUAUGAAUACAUAAAAUUUGUAGGAAAUUUUCGCUCUUACAACAAUGUGCCUAGCCCUUCCUGCAAUGGCUUUGACAACACGCUCUCAAGACCUUGCCGGGUGCCACUAGGAGAGGAGGUCUGCUUCAUCGCCACCGUCCGCCUGGCAACACCGCAGUUCUUAAAGGAAAUGUGCAUUGUCGAUGAACCCUUAGAGGAAUUCACUUCAAGGCAUAGCUUGGAAUGGAAAUUUUUAUUUCUGGAUCACAGAGCCCCUCCCAUCAUAGGAUACCUGCCCUUCGAAGUGCUGGGCACCUCAGGCUACGACUACUACCAUAUCGAUGACCUGGAGCUCCUGGCCAGGUGCCACCAGCACCUGAUGCAGUUCGGCAAGGGGAAGUCGUGCUGCUACCGGUUCCUGACCAAAGGGCAGCAGUGGAUCUGGCUGCAGACGCACUACUACAUCACCUACCACCAGUGGAACUCCAAGCCCGAGUUCAUCGUGUGCACGCACUCGGUCGUCAGUUACGCCGAUGUCCUCCUGGAAAGAAGACAGGAGCUGGCUUUGGAAGACCCGCCGCCCGAGGUCCUGCACCUCUCCGCACUGAAGGACAAGGACUCCAGCCUGGACCCGCAGCCAUGCUUUAGCACGCGGGAUGCCGGUGCCCCGGGCCUCGCUGCCAGUCCCUCGCCAUCCGUGUCCUCAAGGAGCUCCCACAAGUCCACGCACACCGCUGGGUCGGAGCCUGCCUCCACGCCCACGAAGCUGAUGGCCGAGGCCAGCGCCACAGCAGUGCCAAGCUCACCUGCCCUUCCCCAUGAGGUACCGGUGCCCGGGCUCAGCCAAGCAGCCACGAUGCCAGCGCCUCUGCCCUCCCCCUCGUCCCGUGACCUCACACAGCAGCUCCUGCCUCAGACCAUUUUGCAGAGCCCGCCCACCCCCGUGGCGCAGUUCUCCGCACAGCUCAGCAUGUUCCAGACCAUCAAGGACCAGCUGGAGCAGCGGACGCGGGUGCUGCAGGCCAACAUCCGGUGGCAGCAGGAGGAGCUCCACAAGAUCCAGGAGCAGCUGUGCCUGGUGCAGGACUCCAGCGUGCAGAUGUUCCUGCAGCAGCCAACCAUCUCCCUGAGCUUCAGCAGUACCCAGCGGCCCGAGGCACAGCAGCAGCAGCAGCUGCCACAAAGGGUGGCAGCCGUGUCACAGCCCCAGCUCGUGACGAGCCCCCAGCUUCCAGGGCAGAUGGCCUCAGCCCAGGUCACCAGCCAGCACCUGCUCCGAGAGUCCAGCGUGAUUGCGAGCCAGGGUCCAAAGCCGGUGCGAGGCCCCCCGCUGGUGCAGGGGAGCAGCCGCUUGGCCAGCAGCCUGCCACCCCCGUUCGGCAGCACUGCAGCACUGCUGCCCCCAGCCCUGAGCCUGGCUGCCCCCGUGCCCACCUCCCAGGACGCCAGCCAGUGCCAGCCGGGCCCCGACUUCAGCCAUGACCGGCAGCUCAGGCUGCUGCUGAGCCAGCCCAUCCAGCCCAUGAUGCCUGGGUCCUGCGACGCGAGGCCACCCGCGGAGGCCAGCAGGACAGGACAGCAUGUCAAGUUCACCCCGGGCCAGCCCGCGUUCCCCAGUCCAGAUGCGCACCCAGUCAGCAGCAGCGCCCCGACGCCCAUCCUGCUGAUGGGGCAGGCGGUGCUGCACCCCAGCUUUCCUGCGCCCCCGCCGGCCCCGCAGCAGCAGCAGCCGCCGCACUUCCUGCAGGUGCCAACCUCUCUGCACAGCGAGCAACCAGACUCGCUGCUCCUCUCCACCUUCUCCCAGCAGCCAGCGACCCUGGGCUACGCCCCACCGCCCCCUGUGCAGCCCCAGCCCACACGCCCACCGCGCAGGGUCAGCCGCGUGUCUGAGUCGUCCAGCCUCCAGCAGCCGCCCCGGUAGUGCCCUGGCCCUGGAGUCAGAGGCUAUCAGCUUUAACUGAUGGACGAGGGAGGUGAUCGGAGACCAGGGCAGCAGUCUGAGCUACAGCCCUGGAUCCCCGGCACCUGCGUACAUUUCAGAGCUCCUGGAUGUGCAGUAGAUGGCCGUGUUGCCGUGCUUUGAGUUCCUCGGGCACCCUCUACAGCCAUACUGGAUGGAACUGAGUGCCUAGGUAGGUGGCAGGACUCAGUUUACCUGCAGAGAGGGCACCCUAGCUGCCUUCCUGGAAAGUGCACUGGUUACUCCACAGAGUGGCCCUGUCCCCAUGCCCUAGCUGGCCUUCACUGUCUCAAUCGUCUUUCUUUGCAUUGGAGAAGGACUGGGUCCAAGAUCUGUUGCAGAGAGAGAAUAAAGAGAUUAUUUUUCAUUAUUUUUAAAUGGUUGUUUUUGUUUUAAUUUGCACUGCUGCACCGAGGAAAUAACUUAGGCACUUUCUGUUCUUAAAAAUAAUGUCUCAUGACUUUACCUGGAGCCCACAGUGAUAAACAAGGCCGCCAACCACAUAGCAAGGCAGGUUGUUCUUAGCCAAGCCAUAGACCCACCCCCUGCAGCCCUCCACCCUCGUGGAAUGAAGGUCUCCAGCCACGCUCUACGGCACUCCCCCCACGCGUAACACUGGACGAUUCCCUGUUUACUUCCUUGGUUGCAACUACAAAGGCGGACUCCAAGCAAAGCACAGUCUUGCAGCAAAUGCAGAAUCCUGUAGAGAACUCUGAGAGAAAGUGUCCCAGGCCCGGCCCCCACCCCAGGGGCUCAGACCCCAGGAGCCCGCCUUAAGUGAGGAUGCUGCGUCUCUACCUAUUCUUCAUGAUGAUUCCAAGAAUUGGGUUUUUCCUUUUCACAUGCACUUUGCUUUUUUUGUAUGUUUUGUUGGGAUGUUUCUAAAGAAAAGAUUUUAUGUAAUUAUAAGAGGAAGUGUAGUGAAUUGUACAGCUGUUGUAAUAAUUACCUAUUUCUAUAUAAAAUAAAAUUGUAUGGAUUAUGUGUAAAUUAUUUUGUAUCGGAGACGCCAGUUCUUUUCCCAAAUAUACAAAUAUAAAAAGUUUUCUUGUGUUUUUCUGUGAGUGGACAUUUUGUAAUAAAUU